GUACCCUGUCAUCUCUCCGUUGUAUCGACCGAAGAACUUCCUGGUACUAGCUUAAAAUGUGCGAAAGACACGAGGUCCGGGUGACUUAUCAGAACUGCGCUGCGGAACCAAAGCAUAAAAUCACCAAAUGGAUUCCCGUGCCUUGUCCGACCAAUUGCGGCAACUGGGUUGACAAAACGAAUAUGGGAACUUCGACCAACAGGACUGCUUGUAUAAUCCCCUAAGCCUAAUAUGCGAUAGUGGCCAGACGCUGGGUCACACCGCCAAAACAACUUGCAUUGCUUCCAACCUUUUCUGCUCCGUCGUGGCAAAACCAAAGGGUUUGCAUUCUCACAAUUGCCUAUCAGACAAUGGAUAGGGAUAUCUAUGUGGUACCCUAUUUUCCCGACGGAGUGCAGCAUAUCAUCACCACCGGCAGUAACCACUACAUCGGCUUUGUCGACGAGUCAACAGUCUUAAAGUACCCACAUUUCAAAGGAACUUCAGACGCUCUCGGCGUUGAAUCGAAAAUACUUCAGCGGCUCGGCAAGCACCCUCGCAUCAUCGAAUUCAAAGGAGAACACGAGGACGGGUUGCUUUUAGAAUAUGCGCCAAACGGAUCGUUGGAAAAGUAUCUAAAAGAAACACAAGUUCCGAUCAAAGAGAAGAUCCGGCUCGCAAAAGAGACUGCAGAAGGCGUUGUAUACGCUCAUUGGAGCAACGUUCUAGGGCCUGAUGGAGAAGUCCUUCUUUCUGGGGGAGCUUCAGAGAACGCAGAGUCCUUCAUGCCUCGUUGCGACAAAGAGUUCGCGGACAUCAGGACAGACAUUUUCGCCCUUGGAUCCACCAUAUAUCAUAUCAUAACCGGGCAUCGGCCAUUCCCACAAUACGACACCAUCGACGAUGAAGCCAAGUUUGUGGAACUUUACCGCAAAGGGCACUUCCCUCCCCUAGAUCCAGGGGUGGGUGGCGAAGUUGUUCAGAAUUGCUGGAGAGGCAGAUAUAAGUCUGCGAGCGAGGUAGCCAAUGAUCUUAUCCUCCUGCUAGAAUAACCAGCGAAAGCGACGCAACGCCGAUGCGACCACUGAGUAGAGCGAAAGAUGGUCGUGGACGAACGGCAAAUUUCAAUGUCACAAAGGACAAGACCUUGUGAAAGAGCAGAGUGACACUCCUGCCGAUGUGUGGAUUUACUUUGGUGACGGCCGGCCUGGUCAGGAAGGGAAGAAUUGGAAGCUGUGGAUAUU